AUGGCUUCAUCAUCAUCUUCUAUAAACUCUUCAAAUCAUUCUUCUACUAAAAUUCCUCCAUUUGAUGAAAACAAUUUUGCUAUGUGGAAAAUCAAAGCUUUGUAUGCUUUAGAAUCUCCUCUGAAAAACAAUGCUCCUGAUGGUGUUAUGAAGAAAACACCUAAAGAAAACUGGACAUCUGAUGACAAAAGAAAUAAUGGGCUUGAUGUUCGUGCUCGGGCAGCAAUUAGCUAUGCUUUUCCAUACAAUAUCUUUGGGCUGGUUCAAAACUGCAUAUCAGCAAAAGAAAUGAUGGACACACUAACUGUGUCUUUUGAAGGUACUGAGGAAGUCAAGGCUACCCAGAUAAAUGAUCUAAACAGAAGACAAGAUCAGUUAAAGCAUCGAACUGUUCUAGUGCAGAAUGAGAAAAUCAGCACAAUGGAUUUACAAAGUCUUUAUGGAAAUCUUCGAUACUAUGAGGAAUCAAAGCUCCAAAGAAAGGAGCUGAUGAAAGAUGCUCAGCAUGAGUCAUCAGUGGCACUGUUUUCAACCAAAAGCCAAGAAUCCGAGUCAGACACUGAAUCCUUUUCAAACACUGAUUCUACUAAAAGUGAUAUUGAUAGUCUGGAAAAGGUUGUUGCUAGUGCGGCGUUCAUUGUGAAGACUUUUGAGAAAUCAGGCCGUAAUUUCUCAAAGUUUCAGAAGAAGAUGAAAGGGAAAUCCUUCAAAAGGUCAGAUGCUGACAAGAAACCUGCUACUGAAAAGAAAGGGAAAGCUCAGUGCUUUAACUGUGGUAGCACUGACUAUUUUGCAAAAGAAUGCAAGCAAAGAACCCAAAGCUCGGACGAAUACUGGAAGCAGAAGUACAACAAAUUGGUUGAAAAGCUGAAAGCAGAGAACUUGGAACAUAAAGAAAAUUUUAGAAUCACUAGUUUGUCAAACUCAUCUUUGUCUGCUAAAAUUGAUAAUGUUAAAGAUCUCUUGAACAAAGAACACACUAGUCUAAUUGAUGAAUAUUGUGUUAUUGAUUCUAAUGGUGUCACUAAGUGUGAUAUUGAAAUUACCGGAAUUGAUCCUACCUCUUACCCUGCCCAUCUUAUACUGAUGUCAGCUCCUCAUCUAUCACUGGUCAUAAUUUAUCUGACACUGAAUUCAGUCAUAAUUCAAUGA